AUGACGGGGAAGAGAGUAGGGGAGGGGCUGGUGCCGCAGUGGCUGGAGUCGCUUCUGGCGACGCCGUUCUUCUCCCCGUGCACCACCCACGGCGACGCGGCGCGGGGCGAGUGCAACAUGUUCUGCCUCGACUGCCCCGCCGCUUCCGCCUUCUGCUUCUCCUGCCGCGCCGUCGGGCACUACGACCAUCGCGUCAUCCAGGUCGUCACCUCUCUCCCUCUCUCUCUCAUGUCGCACCAGUCGAUCAUAAUCUUGAUGCGCUGUGUGCCCAUCUCUCAUUAUCCUCUUCUCGUUGCCGGGCGUUGCGCGUCGGUGUAAAGAUACGACGGUCCUCCUACCACGACGUGGUGAGGGUCUCGGAGGUGCAGAAGUCGCUGGACAUCAGUGGCGUGCAGACCUACGUCAUCAACAGCGCUCGUGUGGUCUUCCUCAACGAGAGGCCGCAGCCCAAGGGCCCGGCGGCGUCCACCUCUGGUGCGAGCUCUAAGGCCACCGCCGCCCAUGCGUGCAAGAUCUGCGCCCGCGCCCUCCUCGACCCCUUCCGCUUCUGCUCCAUCGGCUGCAAGGUUCCGACUCCCCCAACUUACCCCACUUCUCGUUCAUUCCCUCAACUUUUCUCUUCUUCGAAGAAGAAAACCAGUGCGAUUGUGGACGCCCGAUGCAAUGCAGCUGGAGGGCGUAAGGAGGGGCGUGGACGCCGGCUUCGCGCGGGGUACAGAGGGCACCGACGAGGGAGACGCGGCAGGGUACGGCACGCGGGAGGCGCCGAGCGGCGUGAAGCAAGCAGAGGCUGGCGAGCCGGCGAGCAGUAAGGGGCCGCUCGCGCCGCCGACGAGUCUCCGCCGGCGGAAGGGCAUUCCCCACCGUGCCCCGCUGGGUUCCUAG